GAAUAACAAGAGCUCCGUUAGGAAUUUCGAUUCAAACUUUAAGAUUAGUCCCUAAAUCAGCUGCAAAAUAGUGUGUUCUUUAAACUCAUACGGUCCUAACCGUGCAUUCCAGUGAUUACGGGAGUUCUGCCCACAUUCCUGUGCCAAGCAGUGCGUGUUGUCGUGCACGUCACGUCACCUACUUCGCUGCAAGUCAACGUGCCGGUGGACCAGUUGUCAAGACUCUUAAUUGGGCAGAUAAUAAAACAGCUGGCCCGGCGCCCGUCAUUAGCGCGGCCAGCGCGUGCGCUGCGAACGCGACAGCUGAUCCGGAGAUAUUGUUAUGCACAGCUUUAGUUAAAAUAACGAACGUCAAAAAUAACAAAUCUCACAUUGUUCGAGCUAUGUUAGAUCCCGGUUCGCAAAGAUGUUUCUUAACUGAACGCAUGAAAAAUAAGUUAGGAUUUUCUGACAAUAACAAAAGGCCAGCUUGCGUGUACGGCUUAAAUAAAUUAUCAUUUACCGUCUCAGAUCGAUGUGAGCUCAAUGUAAGUUCGUUAACGAGUCCUUAUGAGGUUAAUAUACGCUGUUUCGUCGUGGAGCAUCUUAUAGAUAGCCUACCUAACAAUUAUGUAGAUACAUCAGAAUUAAACAUACCUGCGGAUAUUCAGCUGGCGGAUCCUGGGUUUUAUCGUCCUUCUGAAGUCGAUCUGCUUCUGAGUGCUGAAUUUUUCUUCAGUAUCACGACGUCGGAGAAAAUUGAACUCGGACCAAACAAGCCUAUUCUUCAAUCUUCAAAACUAGGCUGGUUGGUCGCGGGGCCCACGGGUGACGUUGAUUCGGAUGAGGACGAGAUCGUGCGUUGUUGCUUUACGAAACAAAUCUCACAAGAUCUCACACGGUUUUGGGAACUUGAAGAAAUUUCAUUACCGAACGUCACUAAUAGGGAGGAGGAUAAUAUUUGCGAAAAACACUUUUUAGAUAACACGCGACGUUUAGAUAACGGUCGAUUCUUAGUUAAAAUGCCGUUACGUGAAAAUCCGGAAACCGCACUUGGCGAUAGUUAUAAUAUGGCAAAAAAACGAUUCUUGAACUUAGAAACUAGAUUGGAUAAAAAUCAAGUUCUUAAAAAACAAUAUUGCGACUUUAUCAAGGAGUACGAAGAAUUAGGGCACUUGAGUAAAAUUGAUAAACCCGACUUCGGUUAUUAUGCUCCCCACCAUGCUAUUAUUCGUGACAGCGAAACUACAAAAUUGCGGGUAGUUUUUGACUGUAGUGCUAAAUCUAGCACACAAAAAUCCCUUAAUGAUAUACAGCAUAUAGGACCCGUUAUACAGGAUGAAUUAUUCGAUAUUCUCAUUAGGUUUCGACAGCAUGAAUUUGUUUUGUCCGGGGACAUACAAAAAAUGUACCGGCAGAUUGUCUUGGACGAAUCGCAGCGCCAUCUGCAAUUAAUCCUUUGGAGGGACGAUAAAACCAAACCGCUUGAUGUACUUAGGCUAAAUACGGUGACUUAUGGAACGAGCUCGGCGCCUUUCUUAAGCGCUAGGUGUAUUGUACAGUUGGCAAAUGAGUGUCCCGACAAAGUAGUGUCCGAAAUAAUUAAACAUGAUUUUUAUUAUGAUGAUUUCCUGAGUGGCGCUGAAAGUGGAAACGAGCUAAGGCACAUUUACGAGUUAGUUAAAGAAACGCUUGCCUCAGCUUGCUUUCCUAUUCACAAAUUUCGAACAAAUUGUCCACAAAUUUUCGAAGAUGACUGUACUUUAACUCAGUCAUUAGAUUUAAAUAAACAGGCCAGCGUAUUGGGCUUAAUUUGGUUUCCUGAUCAUGAUAACCUACAAUUUUCAGUGAAAUUGGACAAAAAUACCUGUGGCAUAACAAAGCGGGUAAUUUUGUCCAAUACUUGCAAAAUAUUUGACCCACUGGGCUUACUCAGCGCAUGCACAAUAAAGCUAAAAAUAUUACUUCAAAAUUUAUGGAUUCUUAAAUUAUCUUGGGAAGAUGAAGUACCAAUGGACGUAAAAAAAAUCUGGCUAAAAUUUUUGUCAAAUGUGCAUGUUCUGGCUGGUCUAAAGGUACCUAGACUCGUUUUGUGUUCCAGCCCAACUUCAAUUCAGAUGCAUUGUUUUGUGGAUGCUUCUCAAGCCGCUUAUGCGGCGUGUAUCUACUUGCGGUCGACAGAUGGCGCUGGCAAUGUGGCUAUUAAUCUUUUAUGUGCCAAAACGCGCGUGGCACCAAUUAGAACAUUAUUAACGAUUCCGAAACUCGAAUUGUCAGGAGCUUUAUUAGGCGCCCGGCUAGCUGAUAAGGUCACCAGUGCAUUGCGCUGUUCUGUGGAGCGCAAGGUGUUCUGGACUGACAGUUCCGUGGCGUUGGGCUGGAUACGCAACAAAUCAAAACUGUUUAAGGCGUUUGUAUCGAACCGUGUUAAUGAUAUCCAUGAAUUAACUAAGAGAGAUUCCUGGCGGCAUGUGCCUACUGCCUUAAACCCUGCAGACUUGGCCUCCCGAGGAGUCGAACCUGGGCACUUUCUGGUGGGGAGACCCAUGACUUCACUGCCGUCACCCCCCGUUUGUCUUAAAAACCCUGAUAGGUACCAGAGGAUCGAGCAGCUGCGCCAGCAUUUCUGGCAAAGAUGGCGGAACGAAUACUUAGCCGAGUUGCAGCAACGCACCAAAUGGCGUCAGAGGCAGAAGGAGCUCAAGGUUGGAGACCUGGUGGUGUUCAAGGAGGAGAACACCCCACCACUCAAAUGGAGACUCGGGAGAGUCCUAGAACUUUAUCCAGGAGCUGACGGAGUCUGCAGGGUUGCAGAUUUCACCACGCAGAAGGGCGUGGUCAGAAGAGCACUCAACCGAGUGUGCCCCCUCCCCUGCAUGAACGAUCUUGAAAGCAGCAGCUUUCAAGGGGGGCAGGUUGUUAACGCACCAGCGGUCAAACCAGUCCCGGAGGGGUGA